AUGACCACGAGAAAAGGCGGUCCGGCGCAAUUGCCGUCGGAGCGCGUUUGUUUGUACGGGGGACGCGCGGGGAUUCAUUUGUGCCCCCUCCGAUUUGACCGCCACGCGAGCCGCGUCGGAGCCGAUCUCCGGCAGGAAUUACACCGUUCGGCCAGUGUAAUUCGUCGAGUAAUGGUGGUGGUUGGGGCGAUAAAAGGACAGGAUUACAAAAAAAGCCGUUAAAAUUUAGAGCUUUUUAUUUAAUAAAUUUAGAUUUUUUUCUGGUUUUUGCGAGUUUUGAAUGAUGUUAAGGGGCUCGAAACUCUGAAUAAAGCUAAAACGUUUUGUCCUGAAAAUUGCGUUUUUGAGUUAUAAAAAAACUACUCAAAUUAAGCUUUUUAAUGGAACCUUGAAGGUCUUCUAUAUGCUUAUGUUCCUUUAAAAAAUUGAAAAAUCCCUGUUUUUCCGGAUUUUUGUUGAAAUUUUAAAAAACCUUCAUGAUCUACGACAUGAAAUUAAUGAAAGAACUCGGAAAAAUCUCAAACUGAAGAGCAAAACCCACAAAAGAUGAGUCAGUUUUCCGGGUCAACAAAAUGAGAUCAGAAUAAACAGAGAGAAAAAAAACGAGUCUGAAACUUGAAACCACUGGAAGAUCAGAUGGGAAAAAGAUAAACUUUGAAAUUAAAGAGCCAAAAAUCAGCGAAAAAAAUUGAUAGAAAAUCGCUUUUUUUUUCUCUAAACCCUCUUAUUUUACCACGAUACUUCUGUGUUUGCCAAUAAUUCUUUUUUGGAAAGUUUUUUUUUCGCAAAUAGUCGAUAAUCUUUAUGAACUCUUUGCGAAGAAGCAUUUCCAUGCGAAAAACUAAAUGAAUCCCUAUAGGGACCACUAAAGCCUUAGGGGCUCAGGAGUUAGACCCUGGAGCCCUAUAGGGACCACCUUGAUUUUACCCCUAUAGAAUAUUUUUAUCCCCCUAACCCCUCUAGGGAUCACUCUGAAACUCCUAAGACACUAUUUUGCUCAUAAUUCAUUGUGAAAAACUUUAAAAAAUAAAUUUAUAGAAGCAAAAUUUUUUUUUCGUCAAUUUUUCAUUAAGUUUCGAUUCCCUUCCUAUGAACCAAUGAAAAAACGAAAUUUGUCGGAAUUUCGGUUUUCAUGUACCUUGUGCAGUGGCGGCCACAUUGCGAGCCUUGUUUAUAACCGCCAUCCGCAGCUGUUUCUGUCGCCACGCAUCUGGGACUUGUCUUGUCGCCGGCGGCUGGGAAAGUGCGUAUGUCACGGUAAACGACGGAGGAUUAUACGAGUCAGAGGGCAAUGAUCUCUCCUUUUGA